GCGCUUCCUUAGCAACUGGUUGCCCUGGGCGACGGGGAGACGCAGUCCAGCGGACUUUCUUCCUAGCAAGUUCCUAGCACCUGCUAGUGGUCUAAGGCGCCAGUGAGCUAUGUCGGAGAUCCUGUGUCAAUGGCUCAACCAAGAGUUGAAGGUGUCCCGGACAGUGAGUCCCAAGUCAUUUGCAAAAGCCUUUUCUAAUGGCUACCUAAUUGGAGAAGUUCUGUACAAGUUUGAACUUCAGAGUGAUUUUUCAGAAUUUUCAGAGAGCAGGGGUUCAACUGCCAAACUUAAUAAUUUCUCCCGCUUGGAGCCAACACUUCACCUGUUGGGCGUGCAGUUUGACCAGAAUGUGGCUCAAAGCAUCAUCACAGAGAAGCCCGGGGCAGCAACAAAACUCCUGUACCAAUUGUACAUCGCUCUUCAGAAAAAGAAGAAAACGGGACUGACUGGAUUAGAGAUACAAACCAUGCAACCCCAGACCAACAUGCGGCUUCAGACACUCAAAAGCGAGGCUUUUCGAGAGAGACUUAAAAACCUGAUACCUCGCCAAACUGACUUCAAUCUGAUGCAAGUCACAUCCAGGUUCCAAGAGAAAUGUAAACAAAUGAAGGAGGAUCUUGCCAGAAUGCAUAUUGAGAAGUUUGAAAAAUUUCAGAAACUCGAGGAAGAGCAAAGACACUUUAAUAUCGAAAAGCAACGUUUAAACCGAAGACGACAAAAUGAGAUAAUGGCCAAAAUCCAAGCAGCCAUUAUACAGAUCCCGAAGCCAGAAUCAAAUCGUGCUUUGAAAGCAAUUGAGGCUCAAAAACUGAUGAAAAAGAAAAAGGAGGCAGAGGAUGUGGCCAAUGAGAUUAAGAAAUUUGAAGCACUAAUAAAAAAGGAUCUCCAAGCUAAAGAAAGUACAUCCAAGACUUCUUUAGAAACAACUGACCAGACCGCUGCCGAGUUGCUCAACACUUACUCAGAUGAUGACUACAUUAAAAAGAUCCAGAAACGCCUGGAAGAAGAUGCUUUCGCGCGUGAGCAAAGGGAGAAAAGGCGACGGAGGCUGUUGAUGGACCAGUUAAUAGCCCACGAAGCACAGGAGGAGGCCUAUCGGGAGGAGCAGCUGAUCCACCGACUGAUGCGCCAGUCCCAGCAGGAGCGCAGAAUCGCAGUGCAGCUCAUGCACGUCCGGCACGAAAAGGAAGUUUUGUGGCAAAAUAGGAUUUUCAGAGAGAAACAAUAUGAAGAAAGACGACUUAAGGAUUUCCAGGAUGCUCUUGAUAAAGAAGCGGCUCUUGCCAAACAAGCCAAGAUUGAGUUUGCUGAACAAAUCUUAAGGGAGAAGGAAAUUCAUGAGAAGAUCUCCGUGGAAAGAGCCCAAGCAUCUUAUAAGAAGCAUUAUGGGAUAUGUUCAGAAAUUUUGGAUCAGAUACUUGAUUUGUGCACCAAGGUGGCAGACUAUCGGUUGCUGACAAAUAAUCUUAUUCCACAUAAGCUGAUGCAUGAUUGGAAAGAACUGUUUUAUAGUGGAAAUCCCUUAUAUGAACAGACUUCUCUUAGACAGGAUGCUACCGGGGUGACUGACGACCAUGCUGUAGAACUGGACAAAAGGGACUUACUCGAUAGUAAAGAUUACGAAGACUAUAAGAACAUGGUUGGAGAGUGGGCCUUACCUGAGGACAUGGAUAACAGUGCACCACCCUCCAACAAUAACAUCUUGGCUCAUGUGCUUCAAAGAUUAAUUGAAAAAUCUAUUCCCUCUCAAGAUGGUGCAGCAGACACUGAGUUACCUUCAUUUGCUGUGAAGGGCUGCUUACUGGGGAAGACACUCAGUGGGAAAACCACUGUCCUAACGUCUCUACAAAAAGACUUCCCUAUUUGUGUACUUUCUAUUGAUACUCUUGUCAAUGAAGCUAUCCGGGCAUUUCAUGAACGUGAAAAAAGCAGCAGGCCACCAUCACAUCAGAAAGACUACAAAGAAGAUCCUACGUUGAAACACGUAGGUGUGGACUUAAUUCUACCACAGGAUAAAAAUACCUUAUCAGUCACUCCAGGCUCAGGGGAAGCAGUGUCCCCCAAAGAAGGUGUGACAGCUAAUGAAACUGAACAUAUCAGACUAAGUGACAGCUUUUUAGAACUCAGUGUGCGAGCUCAACUUGGUGCAAAAUCAGAACUGUUGCUCAAAAAAGGGAAGAGCAUUCCAGACAUACUGCUGGUCAGCAUCAUGGUCAACGCCAUCAGGGAGAUACCUAUGAACCAAAGCUGGAUUCUUGAUGGGUUUCCAAUGACAUUAAAUCAAGCCCAGCUCCUGGAGGAAGCACUCACAGGCUACAAAAGAAAAUUCAGAGAGUCAGAAAGAAAGAAAACACAAAUGCCCACAUUGUCCUUUAGCACAACAGCUUCCAAGGAAGUCUCUUUCCUCCCGUCGGCGUUUGAUUUUGUCAUAUUACUAGAUAUUUCAGACAAUUCCUCCCUGCAUCGCAUGAACGAUAUCAUAGCUAAGGAAAUCUCACAUGAAAUUGCUCAUGAAAACUUCAGCUGUCGUGGAACUCCUAUAAUCCAAGUAAAUAAUGAAGACCAGAAUUUAAGAGACCAGAUACAGCACAGAAUUGUCGGCUUCUUGGACAACUGGCCAUUGUUGGAAGAGUGGUUUACAGAGCCACAAAAUAUUUUAACAAAAGUCAAUGCUGAAAUAGAUGAAGAGUCCUUAUGCCAAAAAGUGAAAGAAUUUUUUUCUGCUGAAGUAGUAAAUAAAAAGAUCAAAGUUGAAAAGAAAUUAGAAGAAAAGGAAGCUGAGAAAAAGGCUGCAGCUGCCUUGGCCGAGCCUCCUACUACAACUCCUCCUCUUUCUACCGAAGCAGAGAAAGAUAAGGAGGUCUAUCCUCUCCAAGAGCCUUCAAAGACUACUCCUGGGAAAGGAAAGACACAAUCAGUUUCUCCUAAAGGAAAAGCACAAGGAGGCAAAAUUCCAGUGAAGAAAUCACCUGUUGUCUCUGUGGAAACAUCACCCACACCAGCUGCACCGCCGCCACCAAAGCCAGGGUCAGAAGAUUGGGUUUACGUGAAUGAGCCUAUACCUGAGGAACUAACGUCAUUUUUAGUACCUUACUGGGAGCUGAUAGAGAAAUCCUACAUAAACCACAUCAAAACAGUACUUCGGUAUCUUAGAGAAAACCAACACAGUAUGCUUUCUUAUUUAUAUGAGACCAGAACAAGUUUCCAGGAGUUUCUAAGGCGUCCGGACCACAAGCAACAGUUUGUCUCUCAGUGGCAGGCUGAUUUCAACUCUAUUCCUGAAGACCUAUGGGAAGACGAGGAAACAAAGGCUGAGCUACACCAAAGAGUGAAUGAUCUGCGAGACCGCCUGUGGGACAUCUGUGAUUCCAGGAAGGAAGAGGCGGAGCAGGAGAGGCAAGACAUCAUUAAUGAGAGCUGGCUGCAGGACUUUAUCGGGAUAACAAUGAAUCACUUCUUUUCCCUGAUGCAGGCAGAAGUGAACCGUUUCCAAGAUACCAAAAGACUCCUUCAAGACUACUACAGAGCUAUGGAAUCCAAAGUCCCACUAGAAGACAGUAAGAAAUUUACUCGAAUCCCAUUAGUUCAGCUCGAUGGUAAAGAAAUUUCAGAAAGCCAGCUCAGAAUUCCUCUAGUUCCUCGGAUAUCCACUUCUCCAGAAAAUGUUACCAUCAAGCCAAAGGUGAAGGCAAUACUGAAGGGCAGGAUCGAUUCCGCAUUAGAAGGUGUGGAAUCUAACUUUGAGGUAGAUGAGAAGAUAGUGAUGGACACCUGGCAGCAGGCUUCCUUAGCCGUCACCCACAUGGUGGCUGCUGAAGUCCACCAAAGGCUCGUAGAAGAAGAAAAUGAAACGCCACCAGUCGACGCCAAAGAAAAGUCUCCUCAGUCGGGUGGGAAAAAAAAUGCCAAGAAGGAGAAAGAGACACCCAAGAAGAAAAAGACAGAGAAGAAAGCAAAAGGGAAAUCAUCGCCAGUGGCAGAAGUCAGUCCCAUCACCUUAUCCCCUGAGGAACUGGCUGAAAUAGAAAGGAAGAAGGAGCUGAGACUCAAGAUAAAGGAAGAGCACCUUGCUGCCCUGCAAGUAGAAGAAGCAGCCACGCAAUUUCGACUUGAACUAAUAAAGUUAAAGGCUUUGGCGAUCAUUGAAGAUAUAGUCACAAAGAUGAUUGACAUCUUCAAGCUUAUGGAGAAGUGGCUCGGUGAGAGAUAUUUGAAUGAAAUGGCCAGUAUAGAGAAACUGACUGAAGUAGCUCGCUACUACAUUGAAACAGCUACAAAAAUUCAAAAUGAGAUUUAUUUAAACCAAGAAGACUUCUACAUCAAUGGAGACGUAAAAGUCUUCCCAGACGCUCCCCUACCAGUCCGCCCUCCACCGGUAGAAAAGGAAGAAAAUGGCACCCUAACAAUCGAACAGCUUGACAGCCUUCGGGAUCAGUUCUUUGAUAUGGCGCCUAAAGGCAUAAUAGGAAAUAAAGCAUUCACUGACAUUUUGCUUGACUUGGUGACCUUGAACCUUGGGACAAAUAACUUUCCUAGCAGCUGGAUGCACCUCACCCAACCUGAAUUGCAGGAGAUAACGUCUUUAUUAACAGUAAACUCAGAGUUCGUGGACUGGAGGAAGUUCCUGAUGGUCACAGCCAUGCCGUGGCCCAUACCCCUGGAGGAGGAGCUCCUGGAAACCCUGCAGAGGUUUAAGGCCAUAGAUGAGGCACAGACAGGCACCAUCACCUUUGAACAGUAUAAGCAGGCUGGUCUGUGGUUUACAGGAGACGAAGAUCUAAAAGUUCCAGAAAAUCCCCUCGACCCCUUGCCGUUCAAUAGGCAGGAGCAUCUUAUAGAGUUCUUCUUUAGGCUGUUUGCUGACUGUGAGAAGGAUCCACCUCAGCUUGACUACACUCAGAUGCUGCUGUACUUUGCGUGUCACCCGGACACUUUGGAAGGGGUCUACAGGGCCCUCAGUGUGGCUGUGGGAACCCACAUCUUCAGGCAGAUUGAAACGCCUAUGAUGACUGCAGAAAAGACCUCCAUAUCUACUAUGAGUCCCAUUGAAGAAUUUCCUGAAUAUGAGGAAAAUAUUGUGAAAGAGGAAAGGGAACUGAAAGAGGAGAAAGAUGAGAGAGACCAAAAGGAAGAAGAAAUACCCGAAAAUGCAAACACUGAAAAGAUUUCCAUGGAAACACUGCUCAAAGUGUUUGGAGGAGGAAGUGAAGUGUUGGAUGCUAAUAGAUUUGCCAGCUACCUAAAGAUAGAGAACAUUUAUGCAGAGAACUUCAUAAAGACUUUCCAGGACCUGGGUGCCAAGAACCUGGAGCCGGUUGAAGUUAGCAUCCUUUUGAAACAUCCUUACAUUCAAGACCUGAUUGCAAAUUAUUUAGACUAUAAAAUCCCUGACAUUAAAAUGAUUCUUCAAAGGAGUGAGCAUGCCCAGGGAAGUGAUGGAGAAAGGUCACCCUCAAGACUUACAGAGGAAAAGAAAUGAAGGCUAUGUUUUUUAUAAUGCUGAAUAAAUCUUCAUAAUGUUAUUGACCACUGCAUUUGUUAUAUGUGUCAGAAUUAUAAGUGAAGGUGGGAUUCCUUCUCAUCAGAUAAGCUCUGAAAGUGAAACCUUCUCAAGUCAGAGAACAUUUUAAUCAGAAACCUUUAGAGAGAGAGAGAGGGAGAGACAAAGACAGAGACAGAGACACAGAGAGAAACACAGAGAGAUCUCACAG